GACUCCGCCUCCCACAGCCCGAGAUUGCUCUGUACGGGCUGCGGCUGGGGGCUGACGAGACGCAGGUGCUCUGUGGGCACCAGAGAACAACCUGCAGGAGGCGGCUCUCUCAUUUUACCAUGUAGACCACUCAGACUCAAGAUCUAUCUGCCUGCUGCUCCCUCCCAAGAACUGGACAAAGGCAGAGGAGUCAUGUCCGAAGGAACAGUCAGAGAAUCACAGUUCUCCUUGAAGACGGCCGCACUAAGAGUGUUCGACCUCCCUGCGUCUUGGUACUGUUCUCUCUCCCAGAUCAAAUUUUCACCAGUAGCUAAAAAGUUGCUUGUGGUGACUGCUGUGAGCGCUAUAUCUGUAAUCUUUUUUGCCCAUCACUUUAAAAGAAGACGUGGAAAAAAGAAAGGAAAGGUUCUGCCAUGGGAGCCGGAGCACCUCAUACUUGAACAGACUAAACGAGCAGCUUCGGACAAAGGUUCAAGUUGUUCCAGCAGUAGACAGAAUUUGACCUUGUCACUAAGUUCUACCAAGGACAAAGGAUCUCAGUCCUGUAACUACGCUAAUGGAGGACUUUUCAGCAAAUACUCGGAUUCUGCCCAGAGCUUAGCCUCUGUCCAGAGUGUCAACUCCUGCCAUAGCUGUGCUUGUGGGAACUCUAACUCCUGGGACAAAGCGGAUGAGGAUGACAUCAAGAUUGUCAAUAUUCCGGUGACCACCCCAGAGAACUUGUAUUUGAUGGGUAUGGAAUUGUUUGAAGAGGCGUUGCGACGAUGGGAACAAGCUCUGACCUUCCGCAGUAGGCAGGCCGAGGAGGAGGCCUGCGGCUCUGUUAAGCUGGGAGCCGGAGAUGCCAUUGCUGAAGAAAGCGUGGACGAUAUAAUUAGUACGGAAUUCAUCCACAAACUUGAAGCUCUGCUGCAAAGGGCCUAUCGUCUCCAGGAGGAGUUCGAAGCUACCCUGGGAGGGUCUGAUCCUAACUCCCUUGCAAACGAUACAGAUAAAGACACAGACGUGAGCGCCAAGGAGAAUGUGGAUGACUUUGGCCUGCAAGACGCCCUGAGCAGUGAACCUGCAGAUCUCUUUGCUUCAGCAGCAGAGCUGACGGAGCACAGAGAAGUGCGGCCCACCUACAGCCUGGAUUCCUUCUGCCGCUGCCCUUUCUACGAAGAAGCCAUGCAUUUAGUUGAAGAAGGAAAAAUUUACUCCAGAGUACUGAGAACUGAGAUGCUGGAGUGCCUAGGCGACAGCGACUUCCUGGCCAAACUCCACUGUAUCCGGCAGGCUUUCCAGGUGAUUCUCUCGGAAGCAGCCAACAGGAUAUUCCUGGCUGAGAGUGGAAGGAAAAUUUUGUCAGCUUUAAUUGUGAAAGCACGGAAGAAUCCAAAGAAAUUUGAAGAUGUUUUUGAUGAGAUGAUCUAUUUUUUAGAGCAGACUGACCACUGGGAUAGUACUGAGAUGGAACUUGCUGCCAGAGGGGUGAAAAAUAUAAAUUUUUAUGAUGUGGUUCUGGAUUUUAUUUUAAUGGAUUCCUUUGAAGAUUUAGAAAACCCACCAACAUCCAUACAGAACGUAGUGAACAAUCGCUGGCUCAACUCCUCCUUCAAAGAAACCGCUGUGGCUUCAAGUUGCUGGUCGGUGCUGAAACAGAAAAGGCAGCAGAUGAAGAUCUCAGAUGGAUUUUUCGCCCAUUUUUAUGCCAUUUGUGAGCAUGUAAGCCCUGUGUUAGCCUGGGGUUUCUUGGGCCCUAGGAAUUCUCUGUAUGACUUGUGUUGCUUCUUUAAGAAUCAAGUUCUUUUCUUUCUCAAAGACAUCUUUGACUUUGAGAAGGUGCGCUAUUCGAGCAUAGACGCCUUGGCGGAGGACCUGAUGCACUUGCUCAUCCGCCGCACAGAACUGCUAGUUGCCUGUCUGGGCGCGGAUGCCCUGAGGCAUGCCACCGCUUGUACUAGUGGACACUGCCAUGCUGUGCCCACCCCACUGUUAGAAGCCAAAGUACAGUGAGUACAGAAGAGGUGUGAGCGCUGUCCGGUUGUGAGGUGUGCCUCAGGAUCCACAGAAUUGAUGCUGCAGACUCAGGGAGGGAGAGAGAAAGUCUCAAAGAACGGGUGUUGCACUGGACUUCUGCAGAGAUUCUGUCAUCGAGCCCACGUGAUAUGUCCCGGGCGACUCUUUCAUAAUCUUUAGGUAAUAAUUUCAGUUGUGAAACGUUGCAUAAUUUGUGGCUCUUGCUUGAACUGCAGCCAAUACAUUGGGGUUCAUUAAUUGUCUCCACAUUGUCUGGAAUGUCCAGUGUCGUUCUCAAAAUAUGCCUCAAUGCUUUGCACCCUGAAAAUACACUAGCCCAAGACCACUGUGGUUCACGUGUGCAGGAGUUUAUGACUUCUAGUGUCAACAUAUCUAACUUUGCCUGAAGCGUGUUCUUAACUGUCAAGUUACUUCUUAGUUUAGUCAAAUGUAGGCAGUAGUGGUGUUUGGCUGUGCUGUUUGCCUUAUUGCUUGUAUAUUUGCUUUGUAUUUGAGUCAAGGGAAUUGUAACCCCUGGGGAAUGGUGUACAGAACUAAAAUGGAGGAGGCCAGCAGUCCACAGAGUGCAGCUUGUGGAGGACCGACCACCUUCGUGUCCAGAGGACACACUGUUGUCCGCUGGGUUGUAAUGCACCCAAGGACUUUUAGCUUUUUAUAAAUUGGAACAAUUUCCCUUAGGUGAAUAUUAAAUUUAAAAUUAUAAUCUAUUUACAAAGAAAAAAAUAAUUAUCCUCUUUUAAAUGAAACUAUGAACUUAAGGUGUUAAACCUUUUUUCUCUGUCCACAAAGCAAACUUAAUUCCCCACAGAGAGUGGAGCACACUGGAAGAGUGCCAACUUAUGCCCACGUUUUAAAAAUACUAGUUCUCUCUGAGCUUGUAUUUUAAAGGCCUUUUCCUCUCAGAAAUUGAACACAAAUAUUUUCAAUGAUAUGGGAAUAUAUUUUGUGUCCUUAAGAUAAACAUAUGAA